UAUAGAGAGAGAGAUGUAAAUCGCACAGGCAGGGGUCGGCUGCACGCUCGGCCCUUGGGCAGCAGCGACGAUGCACCCGGGACGGACGGACGGACGGACGGACAGAGGGGGAGGUGUGACCUGAGGGUUUGUACUUUGACCUUGUCUCGGAGGCAGUUAUGGGCUUGUGCCCGCCCGGAUCUGCCCCACCUCCCUUCCCAGAAGCCAUAAAGCACGAAGGGAAAGGGAAUUUUGCUCUCGGUUUCAGGUCCCUUGUGGGGCUGCGCUGUUGUCUCCCCCUUCCCAGCCCCACGGCGGGGGGCAGGAGCGCAGCACCGCAGCCCACCCCUGCCAGGAGCGAUGGCUGCCUGCACCCCAGCAGGCAGGGCUGUGAAAGCGGAUGGGAAGGUGCUGGUUUCCUCACGCCCCUGCCUCCCUCGCGUCACCUCUGCCCUGGCUCGUGCUGUGAUUUUCUCCUGUGCCUUUCUCGUCCCUGAGCUGGAGGGCGCCCAGUUCAGGGUCUUGGGACCCGACCAGCCGGUCACUGCCGUCGUGGGAGAAGACGUCGUGCUGCCUUGCCGCCUCUCCCCGAGGCUGAACGCCGAGAACAUGGACGUCCUGUGGUUUUGGUCCACAUCCCCCUUCCACGUCCACUAUUACCACAACGGGCAGGACGACUACUCCUCCCAGAUGCCCCAAUACCGGGGGAGGACAGAGCUGUCAAAGGAGGGCCUCUCUGUUGGGAACGUUUCCUUGAGGAUCCUCAGCACCCGGCUGAGCGAUGAGGGACAGUACCAGUGUCUCGUCCAAGAUGGGGAUUCUUAUGAAGAAGCCUCUGUGGAGCUGCAGGUAGCAGACUCCAUUUUCCCAAAGGAAUAUCCCUGGAAGGUGGCUUUCUUCGUGACCCUGGCUGCCUGCUUCGCUUCCCUGGUUGCCUUCCCUCUUUUCAUCUCACGGCUACGAGCCCAAAGCAGAGAACUAGGGAAACGCGAUGCCGAAAUCCAGAAACAUGUCUCGGAGCUGCGGUGGAGAAACGCCUUUGUGCCGGUGGAAGAAGUGCACGUCACGCUGGACGCGGACACGGCGCACCCAGAGCUCAUCCUCUCGGAUGGUGGGAAGAGCGUACGGUGGGGAGUCACGCGGCAAGAGGUGCCAGAUAACCCCGAGAGAUACGACACCGACCGCUGCGUCCUGGGCCAGGAGGGAUUCACCUCCGGGAGAUACUUCUGGGAUGUGGAUGUGAGGAUGGAGGAAGGAGGGUUCUGGUCAUUGGGGGUGGCCAAGGAGUCCACGGAGAGGAAGGGGGAGAUCGAUCUGGAUCCUCGAAACGGGAUCUGGGCUAUUGAUCACUGGUGGGGAGAGUAUUGGGCUGUGACCUCCCCUGAGCGCACAGUUCUCAGCCUCACAAAGAGACCCCGGAGGAUUCGGGUCUCCCUGGACACUGAGGUACAGAAGGUAGCCUUCUUCAACGCUGACAACAAAGAUCUGCUCUACACCUUCCCACUGGGCCCCUUGAGUGGGGAGAGGAUCCGUCCCUGGUUCCAGGUGGAGCUGAACACCCAACUCACCCUGAGGUCACCUCCUUCGCCCCCACCCGUCCCCAGCGAGGAGGAGCCUCUGCUCCCUUCCUGCAUCCCCCUGCCGACCCUCCCCACGGGACGACGGGCCCCGCGCACGCCGACAGCAGGACAUGACCAAGACGGGGAAAUCCACGCUGCUGUCCACGAGCAGCCAUGAUCAAUGCCCAAGGCUCUGCCGGCUGCGUCGUGCCACCAGGGCGCCCCGAGACUCUCCCAGGGAAGCCAUGGCGGCCCCCCCACCUGAGCAGAGCUAUCCCCGCUCCUGCUGGAGCCUGCGACAAGAUGUAGCCGUGGCUAAGGCACAUUCGCCUCUCCUAAGGUGAUGUCUCCAAGCAAGGCGCUUCCGCUGAGACGCCCUUGUGCUUCUGCUACGGGCAGAGUCCGACCCAACCAGGCUGUUGGGACCCGAGGGCGUCAGAACCCCCCUGAGAUAGGGAAGAGAAACCCCCCAGUGCCAGAACCGAGAUGAGAGUCUGGGGAGAAGGAGCCGCACAUCUCCACCCUCUUCCUCUCUACUUCACCUCCAGCCCCCAAGGCCUCAUCAAACGGGGCCAGUUGAAGGGGUGGCGGUGGUCUCUGGCCAGGCGCUCAGUUCCUGACAUCUACCACCUCCCCACGCAUUCCAAUGUACUCAUAAAAUAGGCUUUUUCUAUAAAAAUUCUCUCCUUGA